GAGUCGAUCGAACCAGACUAAUAGUGAUUGUUGAUUUUUAGGUAGAGGUGAGGAAUUUAAUAUUAUUCGUGGACGAAUGCAUUGUUUCGCUUUUAAAGAUAAAUAGAAAACUUAUUUUGAUAUUUAGGCGCUAAUUUUAUAUGUACAUGUUUGGACAAUCUAGUACUUUUCUUAUUAAAUGUUAUAUAAUAGUUAAUCCAGGGGUCGAAGACUCUUUGUCGCCAAUCAUAUCUUUCAACUCCCAACUUAAUUGUUGACAUUUAACCUACUGAACUAUGACCAAGAUUAUAUAUAUAUAUUUUAAUCUCAAAUUCUGUUAAGAUAACUUAAACGAUCUUUUUUUUAAAUUACAAAGUGAGCUCACAGGGUUCACUAACUUUUUAUUUUCUUAGCAAUCGUCUUUUAAUAGCCAAACAUAAUUACAUACUAUGAACUCUCUACAUCGAGUAAAAUUAUUUUAUGUACUUAGAACAUGAUGAAUGACUAAAUUAUUUGAUUUAAAAACUUUUUGUGAUCACAUGCUAUCUAUCGCAAACGCACCACACAUGAUAAUGAAAUAUAGAUUAAGUAUGUCUCUAUAUAUUAAUUACCUGAUUUUUAUUAUACCUUUUGUUUAAUCAUAAAGCUUUUAUGAAAGAAGCGCCAAAAAAAAUAUUAAUUCGUCUUUUGUUGAAGCAGCGUUUUAAAAGUAUUAUCAGUAACAAUUUUUAUUUCUCCAUCAGAUAUUUUGACUUUGAGAUGGUUUUAUAGGAUAAAUCCUUGAAAAGUUAAGUCGAAGAUAAUUCUAUCUCCUAGUGAUCGGUAAACAAUACUCAAAAUAUUAUUUUCAUUCAUAAAUUAAUAUUUUUAUUUCCUUAGUUUCAACCGUAGUUAUGGCAACAACGAAAAGUCCUAAAAACGACCCACCUUCUACAGCAAAACUUUCUGUAGCUUGUGUAAUUACGCUUACGAGUGUGGCUGGAGGAAAAUUGGAAUAUAACGUCGCUAAUGCUGUGUCUGCUCGAAAGUCGGCUUUUGAGGAUUUGCAAAAGAUAUGCAAUGAAUUGAAACUUGAACUGAUUCAUAUACCUUUCGAAAAGUUAGAUUUUGGGGAAGGAGCAACAUUAGAUACAUUUUACAACGCUGAUGUGGCUGUCGUAGACACGUCCAUUGACACACAGCAAAGUGCACUGAUGUAUCAUGUUGGAGUUAGGGAAAGUUCUGGAAUGUCAGAAUCUAUUUUGAUUAUGCAUCAGCCGAAAUUUCAAGCAGCUAGUUCAGUUAAGAAUAGUUGUAGUAAUGCAGAAUUUAUUCCAUAUACUUUUAAAGACGACAUUAAUUGUUGCAUUGUAAUGGAACUAUUUGGAAAACUGGAUUUAAGCCAAAGCAUGUCUGCUUGCCAAUUACGACCGGACCAACCUUAUUCUUUGCAAGCGAAAUUUAGACAUAUACUAAAGAAAGUUCAACAAAAAACCUAUACGAGAUCGACCGAAAAAUUUAUUGCUGAUAUUCGUAAAGCCAGACAAAAGCAUGCCAACGAUAUGGAGGAAUUAAGCAAGAGGCUUAAAGCUUUUAGAAACAGAUUGAUGGAUUUAAAUAAUCUUACUCCAGAAGUCAUCUUAAAUAUGCUACUCUCGUAUAGAGAAGUUCAAGACUAUGACGAAAUGGUUUCUCUAGUUGAAGACGUCAAACGAAUUCCUGAUACAAAAAUCGCUGAAGAGUUACAUAUACAAAAUAUGUAUGCUUUUGCUUUAAAUCGAAGAAAUAAAACUGGCGAUAGGGAUAAGGCACUAACAGUUAUACAAGAAGCAGUGAAAAAUAAAAAAGAUGAAGAAGUACCACCCGACAUUACAUGCCUUUGUGGUAGGAUUUACAAAGACAAGUUUGUUGAAUCCAAUUGUGCAGAUACAGACGCUUUGAAGAAUGCUGUUGAAUGGUAUAGAAGAGGUUAUGUUAGACAACCUAAUGAAUAUGCUGGCAUUAACUUAGCUACUCUUAUGGUUAUAUCUGGCGAUUGUCUUUCAGAAUCAGCCAUGUUAAGGGAUAUAUUUCUCCACCUGAAUAAUUUAAUUGGAAAGAAAGGCACCUUGCAAGAUCUAACCGAUUAUUGGGACGUAGCAACUUUUUUUGAGAUAUCUGUCCUUGCGGAAGAUUAUGCAAAAGCUAGCCAAGCUGCUGAAGUUAUGUUCAAGUUGGAACCUCCUAUAUGGUAUUUAAAAUCAACGAUGGGUAAUAUAAAACUUAUUACUAAUUAUAGAAGAGAAUUAAAGAAAAAGAAAGGUGAAAGCGUUGAUUUCGAUUUUUUUGACAAGGAUGAGGACGAAAAAUUAUUCGAAUUUUGGUUUUAUUUCUUCAGUGAAGGUGCAAGCGAUGAGAGUUCUACAACUUGGCCAGUUCUCUUGGCCGAGGACGGCGUCACAAACAAAAAUUUAAUCCCUUGUAACACUCAAAUCAAUGUCUCUGAUCAAUAUGAUGAUGAUCAAACUUUAAUAACAAUCGAAUAUGUUGCCGAAAAUGCUGAAGGUCUUUCAGAACAGAGUUGGAAAUUUUCUCCAACUUCUAUACGAUUUGUUAGUUUGCUAAAAAUAGACAAUCGUGCUGCUGUUUUACAUGUCCAUGAUUAUGCGGAUACUUUCAAAUUAUACUUUCCAUCGGAUUUGCAUAGUAAAAGAUUUUACGCACUAGUUCGAGAUACUUUGGAUGGUUUAGAAAGUUGUCUAAAUUUGACUGAAAUGGAAACAAAAAUGGAAGGCCCCAGCAUAAACUACGAAUAUGAACUUGAUCAAAAGGGAGAUAGAAUUAUGUUGGGAAAAGGAACUUACGGAACAGUUUAUGCAGCAAGAGAUGUAAAUACUCAAGUAAGCAUAGCUGUUAAAGAAAUACCUGAAGUGCAUAAUGAUGAAGUACAAACAUUGCACGAAGAAAUUGUCUUGCAAUCAAAAUUAUCUCAUAAAAAUAUUGUAAAAUAUUUAGGAUCUGUUAGUGAAGGAGGUUUUUUUAAAAUAUUUAUGGAAAGAGUGCCAGGAGGCACUUUAUCUAGAUUGUUAAGUUCUGUUUGGGGAAAGUUAAUUGAUAGGGAAGGUACAAUUGUAUACUAUACGAAACAAAUUUUAAAAGGAUUGAAAUACUUGCAUGAUAUGAAAAUUGUUCAUCGGGAUAUUAAAGGUGGUAAUGUACUUGUUAAUACAUACUCGGGCACGGUUAAAAUAUCUGAUUUUGGAACAUCAAAAAGACUGAAUGGCAUAAACCCUCUAGCGGAAACAUUUGCCGGUACAGUUCAGUACAUGGCACCUGAGGUUAUUGCUAUAGGCCCUCAGGGUUAUGGGCCUGCAGCUGAUAUUUGGAGUUUAGGGUGUACAGUUAUUGAGAUGGCAACUGGAAAACCUCCUUUUAUGGAAUUAGGACCUCAAUCUCAUGUCCUUUUCCAGGUUGGAAAAUUUAAGAUGCACCCAGAGGUACCAGAUCAGUUAUCAGAAUAUGCUCAAGACUUUUUAUCAAAGUGCUUUGAAAAAGAUCCAACCAAACGACCUACAGCCGCACAACUGCUUGAGCAUCCUUUCCUUUCUGAUAAAAGUAACCCGAGUAAGCGGCGGAAAGUGGCGCCGUCUAGUGCUGAUAAAUUUGCUCGAAGCGUUUCAAUGCCUGGAAUUCAACAUCAUCGAACGGAGUCUCCUAAUUCCUUGCAUAGAUUUUCAAGUCAAACUGGUGAACUACCAUCAUCUCACAUAGGUCGUAUGAAAUCUCCAAAUCUGAGGAUAACUUUAAAUCCAGACCGCUACGUUGAUUUAAUAACGCAGGCGCUCGAGCGGAACGAUAGAAGAGGAAAUACCGAAACAAACCUGUAUUUGUGUGCUUUUUCUAUGUACAGCAGAAAUAAUGAUGGACAAUAUUUGACGGUCAACUGGGAUGGUCAAAGAUCUAGGUCUUUCAGUAUGGAUUCUCAACCAAGUGAUAUUGUAUCACCCUCAGCAACACCGGAAAUUGAACAAGCCGACACAAUGCAGGGAGCUGAUUUUGUACAAUUUCACCAAAGAGAAACUGAAAGAAGGCAAACAUUCAAGAAUAUAAUGAAAGAUGAAGAGCAAAGGAAAUUGAUUAUUGCGGAAUGGAGAUCAUAUGUUAAGGAUAUAAAAGGCUCAACGAAAUGUAGUGAAUACUAUGGAAAAAUUUAUGAUGGAGUUAUUAGCUAUAUUGAUGAAAACAUACCUGAGAAGAGAGAAGCCGUUUGGAAGAGAAUAUUUAGUAACUUAUUUUCAAAUUCUGCAGACGUGGAAGAAGGAAAACAAAAGUUUUUUCCUGAGCCGACGGUUUUCAAUCAAGAAACAUUUGAUGUUGACUUAUUUCACGAAUUAGCUAAUAUUUUGGCAAUGUUUCCUAAUGCAGUUUUAAGCAUCAUCAAAAAACACCAUCAGAUUGAGCCUCAUUGGGUUUUUGGUUAUCAAGCGAUCAUGAAUGAAGCUUAUCAGAGCGCACUCUUAACAUUGCAAUACGUUUUUCAGCCUGCAGAUGAGAGAGCCAGAAUGGAUGAGAGUCAUGUAUCAUUUACUAAUCACUGUCAAAAGGAAAUAUCAGAUAAUCUUAAAACAGAUACAUCUCAUUUAUUGGUUGAAUUGAAAGAAUUGCAAGAGCAAAAUCAAAGACUUUGGCAAUCUUUAAUAUCCUCAGAGAAAGAAGUUAAUACCCUACUUAAAAAUAGCUUGGACAGUCGAAACUCUCUUAUUAAUCAUCUCAGGUCGAUAAAUUCCAGUCGAAACAGUUUAAUAACAACAAGUUCAACAGCACCCACAACUCCCGCAAAUUGCCUUGAUAUGCAAUUAGUCAAUUGGUUAAAAGAAUUACAAGCAGAUCAAGCUACUAUCGAUAUAUUCAUUGAAGAGCAAUACACUUACACGGAUGUGCUCAAACUUAUGACCAGAGAUGACUUAAGUCGCUUAAAUAUAAAAGGAGGAAUUAUGUGUCGGAUAUGGAGUACCAUUUGUAGAAUGAGAGAAAAAGGCGCUUAG